AUGUACUCCGCCGUGGGAGGUGCGGCGGUGCCCAGACGUAUGGCUGUACCGAUGCGUCAUCAACAUCCUCACCGACCACCGCAAUCUCUGUCAUUGCCGCCUCUUCCACAAGACAUGGAUACGGGAGAACUGUGUCGCGAGCACAUCGAAGUUGUAGAAUCUGAUCCUCAAGCCUUACGUCGAGCACUUGAUAUUCGAGCUGCCGCCUUAACACAGAUUGAUCCCGAGGUCGUUCGUUCCGCUCUAUAUGCCCUACUCUCACUUCCCACGCAUACCUUCUCCCAUCAAGCCAUGUGCUCUGUUCACUCUGCCGUUCACCUUCCACCCCCACCGUCCAAACCUUUAGACUCUCAUGGCAACCCAUGGUCUCUCUCAAUCCUCUUAUGGAUUCACAUCAUCCUCAUUCUCUAUCAACCCGUCUCGACCAACCCGGUCCCCCUUGCCAUCUCAUCCUCCGGCUCUUCGCCUAAACGUCGAAAGCUCGUCAACGAUACCACCGAUCAGAGGGCAUUUGGAGCGUUGACAGCCACUUCGUUAGCCCCCCGAGUCCUCAUCCUCAUCCCACACGCUGAAGAAGGUGUGCUCAGGGCUUUAUGGUUGGCUCUGGUCUGGCUGGAAAUGGGAUACAAGGGUAGCAAGCGCGGUGUAGCUGUUGGUUUUCUACUAGAGAGAAUAGGGGAAGAAUGGAAAGCUCGUGAAGUGAGGGAAAGGGAAAACCGUACUUCGUCUCAUUCUCAAAACGCCUACCGAAUCGUUCCUUCCUCAGGCUGGCAAGAUGAACGUUCCACCCUUACUUCUCCUCCGAUACAAUCACCAUUGACGAAGAGCGAAACAAUCAACAGUGAACAUUCAUCAUCACCACAGGUCGUCGAGGAGAAGGAUUCUUGGCGAGAGAGAAUGAAAGCGGUUGAAUCUGUCCGUCUUACGGGUCGUCUGACGAUGAGCAAAGUGUGGCAAUAUCUCAACUCAAUUCCUACACCAGCCGUCAAAUCGCCUUCGACUCUUUCCUCCCCACCCAGUGUCCGAUCCGAUCAAAAUCAUCCCAACGUUUCAUCACCUUUCCGAUCUGGUACACCCUCAUCCAGUAUUCCUUCCCACAGUCAUCCACCUCACACCGCCCGCGCUGCGACAUCCUCUCCACCUUUUCGCUUCAUAUUUUGGCAAGAACCAAGACCAGGACGAGAUCAGGGACCACAAUUACGACCUCUGGUUCGAAGUCGGACGGACAUUUUCGAAGGGGCGAUCACACUACCUCCAUUGAAUGUGGCGAUCAGUCGAAGUCCUAGUGCGGAACCGUUCCCACGAUUGUCCAUGUUGGGUAAACGGAAUUGGCAUUAUGCUUCUCUUUCACCUGAUCCGGAGGAUUGUCAAGAGAUUCAAUCGAUGACAUUGUGA